AUGCCUCCCAUUCACUAUACCGAAGCAGCGACGCCCUGUCCGGCGAAAGCCGCCUCCAAAUCCUCCACCGCCCCUUUCACCAUCUACGAUGAAAACGACGAUACCGCUGCCGUCGACUUUACGCUCGACGUGGACUGCAUCCUGACGCGUCAGAGCCCACGCAGAGUCAAAAGAGCUGCGACCUUCAAGAUCCACGAAGACCCGGCCACGACGAGAGCGAGCGGGCUUCCCACAGCGACAUGGCGCAAAACGACGAUGGGGAAGACGGCAUCCUCGCUGCUAGGUCAGCCAGCGCAGAGAUUGCCCGGAAAGCAAAGAGUUAGCUUUGCUCCGGUGCCUUCACCAAAGAGAGGUCAGAGAAAACAAAAAGUGGAACAGCAGCAGCAGCAGCAGCAGCCUUCGCCAGUGAUCGAGCAGGUUGAAUGCCCGCAGACCACGAAAGAUGUUUCUGAGCCAGUUGAGAGCAAAGAUACUGAUGUCAAAGAGACAAUAAAGCGGGACCGCAGAAGGGGGACGAUCUAUAUACCGCCUGAUGACACGACUAUGCCAACGAUGUUCAUGAGUAUAUUUAGUCCCUUGAAGGCAGAUAGGAACGAUGGCUGUGGGAUAAAGAAACUUGAAGCCCAGAUUGCGAAGAAACGGGAACAGAGGCGCGUUUCGCGAACGGCAUCGCCUAGAGGGCCGCUGAUGACGGCAGUUCAUGUUGAACAGGAGUCUGCAGUCCCAUACGAUGUUGCUGGGUCGAACACCGGGAAAGAAAAUGUCCCGCCUGGGGCAUCGAAAUUCACGGAUCAAAAAGAUGCCGAGAAGUUUGACCUUCCGGAUUUCAAGCCACCAUCCGCAAAGCGACGAGUGGUGUCAGCGGCAGUUAGUUCGACAGCAGCGGAUAAGGAGACGUCACCGCAGCAGAAGGCAGUUAGUAGAAAGUCCAAGGCGUUGCAGCCUAGUUGUCCAAAUAGCCCGAGGAGACGCCAGUCGAACAUUCUUCCCGGCAAACCGAACCUACAGCGUGCAAACGAGAGACUGGGAGAAUUAUCGAAAGACCAAGAAAAGGCUCCAGCACGAUCGUCACCGAAACAACCUGCGAAGAGGAGGACCCCCACGAGGUCCGUGGUGCCUCGUAUUUCGAUUCAGAAAUACCCAGUGCUCACGGAAGACAUUUCGAAUCCGCGGAUGUAUGAGGAGAACUGGCUUGCGCAUCAGGAAAUUGUCAUCACGCAGCUGGUGAACGGUCUUUUUGAUUCUGCCCGUGGGAUUUCAGUGCCAUCCGACGCCGACAGUCUACGCCACGAGCUUCUCGAGCAUUAUCAAGAUGCAUACUUUUCUCUCCUUUUCAAACGGGUGCAAGCCUCCUUGCUUUACGGUGCACUGCGCAUACCUAAAGAUGUCUUGCAACGUGGGAAUCGCUUGAAGGAGGAUGUAGGCAUGCGUCGGAAGUUUUUGGACUUUUGGCUGACCACGUACCAUCCGUCUGCACUGCGCGCCGCUGCGGAAACGGUGGUGGGAAGACGGAUUUCCACGGAGAGAGACUCGCUAAACGGGGAGAAUGGACGACCAGAGAAGGUGACGCGGCGUGCGCUGGAGGCGUUUCUGGAUACGUUUCUGAUUCGAAACGAAGACCGGCCGUUGAAAUGCGGUGGCGAGGGUGAUGGCGUGGAGGGUUCGCCAUAUUGCAGGACUGUCCUAAGGGGCGUCAUGAUGAUUUUGCUACUGGACAAGGCCAGACUCGCGGCCGGAACGAGUCUGCCUCGAUGCCUGUUCCUGGCAUCGUCGAGUUAUAAAUCUUCGGCGGCAGCACUGCAGGCGUUGAUGAGCAUGCUGAACCCGACAGUUGGAGACGUCUUGCGUCCGUUGAGCCAUAUUGACUGCCAGGUGGGUUAUGAGCAGUAUUGUUUACAGGAAUAUGAGUACCGGAUCAAGAACCUGGCGGUCGACCUUCGAGAUGGCGUUCUCCUGACGCGGCUAGUUGAACUACUUCUCUUUCUAUGCGAACCAGAGUCAGGUGGUCGAGAAAGCUGCUCUAGCAGCGUGACACUGCCCACGGGACAAGUCUUAUCCCUGGUGGAAGGAAGGGAGAGCUGGCCCCUAUCUCAGCAUCUGAAGGUACCAUGCAACAGUCGCGCCACAAAGGUAUUCAACGUUCAGGUUGCGCUGAGUGCUCUGUGUGGAGUGCGCGGUGUGGGUAUGAUAGCAAAGGAUCUUCGGCCCGAAGACAUAGUCGACGGGUACCGUGAGAAAACGAUUGCCCUGCUGUGGGGCCUGGUAGGGAAAUGGGGGCUUCCAGGCCUGCUGGACUGGGAUGAUUUGAAACGAGAGAUUCGGCGGCUGGAGAGCAAAAUUCUCUUACGGAAUAAUGCGAAGGAUGGUGGCGAGGAUGAUGAUGAUGAUGAUGAUGAUGGUGAUGCUGUGGAAAAGGAAGAAGGGCAGUUUGGCCAUGGGUACGAGGCCGAAGCGCUUCUGCUGAGAAAAUGGGCGUCUUGCUUGGCAGAACUAAAGGGCAUUCGGCUUGCGAAUAUGACGACGAGUUUUGCCGGCGGGAGGAUAUUUGAGAGCAUUGUGGAUGAGUAUGAGGUGUUCAUCCUCGCGGAUCAGGGCACGCCUGGAGCGUGCGCGGCGAAGCGCUCGCUGGCGCAGAGACUACGAGGGCUGGGAUGCAGCUCUCAGUUUGGUGAGCGGUUUAUAUCUUUUCCACAGCUUGUCCGCGCCACACUACUGACCGCAGAACUCGAUCGCAGCAUCGCUCGUGGCUCCACCGCGUGGCUCACCGGCGCACAUUUUCGAUCAGGACUUCACGCUUGGCGCCCUGGGGUUCCUGUGCUCGCGGCUGCUGUCGGCGUCGCGGCGGGCACGCGCUGCGGCGGUGAUUCAGGCGGCGUGGAGAGACGCCCGGCGCCGCGGGUCGAGGAGUGA